AUGGCUCUCCUCUUUUCUUCUAAAAACAACCCAGCAUUUCUCAUUCUCUUCUUUUUAUCAUCUCUUCUGUUUCUCACUACCCAACAAUGCAACCAUCAUCACUUCUCUGCUUUGCUCGACUUAAAGAAUGGCUUUGACUUCCCUCCUCUCCCCUCUUGGAAUUCAAACGAUACCGAUUGCUGCUCUUGGGAACGCAUCACGUGCGAUGGACCCACUGGUCACGUGAUCAGCCUCGACCUCAGUGAGCUCUUUAUCUCUGGUCGGAUUGAUUUUGAAAGCCUCUUUCGUCUUCGGAGCCUGCAUAAGCUCAACCUCGCUUACAAUGAGUUCGAUGGCUCUCCAAUCCCAUCUGGGUUUGACCAGCUCACCAGUUUGACCCAUCUCAACCUCUCUCGGUUGUCCUUUUAUGGCCAAAUCCCACUGGAAAUCUCCCGCUUGACCAAUUUGGUUUCUCUCGAUCUUGCUAAGAAUUAUUAUUACAAUGGUUCUGGAUUUCAAUACCUGAAACUCGAAAAGCCAAGCAUUGGAGCAGUCGUCCAAAACCUGUCCAAUCUGAGUGAACUCUAUCUGGACAGGCUCCAUUUCUUAUCAGAACUCGACCUCACGUAUAACAGUCUCUCCUCUGCAGUGCCCAGCUUCCCAGGGAGUCUCCGCAAGUUGAUCUUACAAGAAUGUGUGCCCAGCUUCCCAGGGAGUCUCCGCAAGUUGAUCUUACAAGGUUGUGACCUUUCAGGCUCCAUCUUUUCUUCCCUUUCACAGCUCCAUUUCUUAUCUGAACUUGACCUCGGCUAUACCAAUCUCUCAUCUGCAGUGCCCAAUUUCAUAGGGAACUUAUCCACAUUGACGUCCCUGCUCCUUAAAGAUUGUGGAUUGCAUGGAAAAUUCCCUGAGAGUGUUUUCCAGCUGCCAAAUCUACAAAUCAUUGACAUAUCAGGCAAUCCACUUGUAGCUAUCAAUUUGCCGGAGUUCCCUCAAAACAAUACUGUACAGCAAUUGAUCCUUUCAGACACUGGAUUUUCAGGAAAGUUACCAGAUUCUCUCAGUAAUCUCAAAUUCUUGACUCAUUUAGAACUCAGCAAUUGCAACUUGUCAGGAUCAUUACCAUCCUCACUUUUGAACCUUACCAAACUGCAAUAUCUGUCUCUUUCAUCCAAUAAAUUGAGCGGCCCAAUUCCUUCUUCAUAUGGAAACGAGCUUUUGAAUCUCAAAGUGAUCAGCUUAGGGAAUAAUUUGCUUAAUGGGACCAUUCCAUCAUCAUUGCUUUCACUCCCAUCAUUACAAAUGUUGGUUCUCGAAGGUAACCAACUUAGCGGUCAACUUGGGGAGUUUCACAAUGCCUCUUCUUCACAGCUGGAGUACAUCCUUUUGGGUAACAAUAAUUUCAGUGGUGUUGUGGAGCUAGGUUUAUUUCAAAACCUCAAAAAACUUUACUAUCUGGAUCUUUCAGAUAACAACCUGUCAGUCCAAUAUGGCAGUGGUAAUUCCACAUUUGUUUCCAUCCCCCAGUUUCAAUCUUUGUUGUUACGUUCUUGCAACAUCAGCACAUUUCCAAAUUUCUUGAGAAAUCAAGUGCAGUUGAGGGAACUAGACCUUUCCUACAAUAAAAUUAGUUGUGAAAUACCCAAAUGGAUAUGGGAGGUUGGCAAUGGGUCUUUAAUCUCUUUAAAUCUUUCUCACAAUGUUCUGCAGGGAAUAAAACUAUCUCCCCAUCUUUUGUUGAGUGCCCAUAGCGUUAUUGACCUUAGCUUCAACAUGUUAAAAGGUUCACUUCCAAUCCUAUCACCCUCCGUCCUAUUCUUUUCAGUUUCAAACAAUAGCCUUGGUGGUGAAAUCCCUCGAUCGGUUUGCAAUGCAACAUCCCUAACAGUCCUUGAUAUAUCUCACAAUCACUUCAUUGGUCAGAUUCCACCAUGUUUGGGUGAGAUUGCUGAUGCCCUGUCCGCGUUGAAUCUUCAAGGAAAUGCUUUCAAUGGCACCUUACUUCAUACAUUUAAAGAGGGAUGCAACAUACAAACGCUAGAUCUCAGUGGGAAUCAAUUGGAGGGCCUUGUGCCAAGGUCUUUGGCCAACUGCAAAAUGUUGGAGGUAUUAAACCUUGGAAACAAUCAAAUAAAUGACACCUUUCCAUCAUGGACAGAAGCUUUGCCCCUUUUACGCGUUCUUGUCUUAAAAUCCAACAAAUUUCACGGCCCCAUUAUACUUUCACAAACAAAUCAAAGCUUCCCAAUGUUGCAGAUCAUUGACCUCUCUUUUAAUAGUUUCAUGGGUGCUUUGCCAUCAAAUAUGUUUGAGAAUUGGAAGGCAAUGAUGGAUGAGGAUAAAUCUCAAUCUUUCCUUCAUAGAACCCUAUCUGGAGGAAUGAAAAUGAUAUACUAUCAAGAUACGGUGUCAGUAAUGAUCAAAGGACUAGACAGGGAACUCACCAAGAUCCUAUCCAUCUUCACAACAGUUAAUUUCUCAAACAACUAUUUUCAGGGGGAUAUUCCAAAAUCUAUAGGGAUUCUCAAGUCACUACAUUUACUCAAUAUGUCGCACAACAGUUUCACGGGCCAAAUUCCAACAUCACUUGAGAAUCUAGAGGUGCUUGAGUCAUUAGAUCUCUCACAAAACAAUAUCUCAGGGGAGAUUCCUUGGCAGCUGACAAAGUUAACAUUCCUCUCGGUAUUGAACCUUUCACGAAACCACCUUGUAGGAAGCAUACCACAAAGUAAACAGUUUUUUACAUUCACAAAUGAAUCAUUCCAAGAAAAUUCAAGAUUAUGUGGACCUCCACUCUCAAAGAAAUGCAAUGAUGCCGAGGGUGCACCAUCGUCCGCUCCGUCAACACUGCAAUCUGAAAGGAAAUAUGAUUGGGAACUAAUUUGGAUAGGAUUUGGAGUUGGAUAUGGAGCAGGUGUGGGGAUGCUUUUUUGGACUCUAGCACUUUGGAGGAAGGGAAGGAGAGAAUUUUAUAUAUUUGUUGAUGGAAUGCUUGCUUUGAUUUUUCCUUCCAUGUUGUUUGUUGCAUUUGCACCUGCUUGCAUGGUUGUACGGAACACUUUCAAAUAA